CUUUGAAAACCCUUUUCUCCAAUUAAUAUUCUGAUAAUAUUCAUCGUCAUGUGAACAAAAAAUUCAUUUUCUUGACAUAAAAAACCAGUCACAUUCCCCUUUUUCCCUCACCAUCAUAAUCUGGACAAAACUCUUCAUCAUCAUCAUCAUCAAAAAGUCAUUAACUUUGAAAUUCCUCAAUCCGAGAAAUAUAUAGAGACAUGGUAAAGUUGUUUUCCUUCACCUUCAAAAAAUAAACAAAAAUAAUAGAGAGGCAACGACUUCAUUUACCUUCCUCUCAGAACCUUUCCAUCAUCAAAUUUUUUCCCGUCCUUUAUCCUCUCCAUCUCUUUGUCUGCUCAUUGCAUUGUUUCUUUCCAUUGAAGGUAGAAACUUUCACAAUCCUGGCUAUUUUUGCAUUAAUAAUCAUACCUCACAUUGGGUUCAAGUUUCUUGACAUUAAUUUUUGGAUGAAAAAGAAAGAUCUUUCCUUUUAUGGGCAUUGAUUCUUUUACUUUUGAUGGGUUAACCUACUGUGCCUAGAAAAUAUGACAAUGCAUUAGUUAGAGAAAAACAGAAAAAGAACAAUUUUGGUCCUUUGGGAUAGGGUUGGAUUCAAAACCCAAACUUUUCAUGAGUUUUGGGGAUUUUCUAUGUGCUUUUGGAUUCUAUUAUAUGAUGGGGGUGGACUCUUUCCAUGGUAAAUGAAGAAACAUAAAAGAAAGGAUAGUGUAUACUUUUUUGUAUUGGGUUUAGAUGGGGAACAAUUGCGUUCAAGCAAAAGGUGCAGAGGAAGGAGGAGGAGGAAUUUGCAAUCUAAAAUGGUGGUCAAAGUCGGCAGUUGGCAAGAUGAAACCAACCAAGACGCAGAAGAACGUUGAAAAAGAAUCAGGUAGCAAAAAGAACAUUGAAGCUGGCAAUGUUGCUGAUUCUGGAGAGGCUCCUGAUAAGCCUCCUGAGCAAAUGAAGAUGGAGAAGAAGCCAUCUGAGAAGAAAAAGAAGGAGGAAGAAGAGAAAGGAGUAGUAGUAGAGCCCGAGAAGCUUGAGAAACAACCAUCUUCGGCUCCAAAAUCCCCUGAAGAGAAGAAGAAUAAGACUACAGAAAUGAAGCUACCUCCAGAAAAUGUAGAGAUUGCUAAGCCCCCUGAAGAACCACCAAAGAAAGUUGUUAGGGAAAAGAAGUCUCCAAAUCAAUCCCCACACAAGACGAAGAAAGAGCCCAAGCAGGAUUUUGCUCCAAAGGAAGUUGCUAUAUCACCACCACCGCAAGUUGAAGAUGAGGUGCCAAUCCAUCAGCCACAACCUCCACCUGAAGUUACCCAGGUAAUACCGGUGGAGCCACAACCACAUCAAUCUCAAGCUCCUCAAGUUCAGUCACAGUCACAGUCACAGAAGCAACAACCAAAGCCAGUAGAUGUUGAAGCCAAUAAUCCAGGUGGAGAAGUUGUUGUUGCUGGUGGUGGUGGCGGAGGAAAGCCUGCAAAGAAAGCUCACAAUGUUAAAAGAAUGGCAAGUGCAGGGCUUCAAACUGAUUCAGUGUUGAAAACCAAGACAGGGCAUUUGAAAGAAUACUUCAACUUGGGAAGGAAGCUUGGUCAUGGUCAAUUUGGGACAACUUUCAUGUGUGUGGAGAAAGGAACUGGGAAGCAUUAUGCUUGUAAAUCCAUUGCAAAGAGGAAGUUGUUGACCAUGGAUGACGUGGAGGAUGUAAGGAGGGAGAUAGAGAUCAUGCAUCACUUGGCUGGACACCCUAACAUUAUACGAAUCAAGUCUGCUUAUGAAGAUUCUGUAGCAGUUCAUGUGGUGAUGGAGCUUUGUUCUGGUGGUGAGCUUUUUGAUAGAAUCAUUAAGAGAGGGCAUUAUACAGAAAUGAAAGCUUCUGAGAUCACUAGGACAAUAUGUGGUGUGAUAGAGACAUGUCAUUCACUUGGUGUCAUGCAUAGGGAUCUCAAGCCUGAGAAUUUCCUAUUCAUUGAUGAGAAUGAAGAUUCCCCUCUCAAGGCUAUCGAUUUUGGACUAUCGAUGUUCUUUAAGCCUGGGCAGGUUUUCAAUGACGUGGUUGGAAGCCCUUACUAUGUUGCACCAGAAGUUUUGAGGAAAAAGUAUGGUCCUGAAGCUGAUGUUUGGAGCGCUGGGGUUAUGGUCUACAUUCUCUUGAGUGGGGUGCCUCCAUUCUGGGCAGAAACUGAGGAUGAGAUUUUCCAAGAGGUUUUGCACGGGGAGCUGGACUUCACCUCUGAUCCAUGGCCUCAUAUUUCUGAUAGUGCUAAAGAAAUAGUGAGAAAAAUGCUUGUUAGAGAUCCGAAGAAGAGGAUAACCGCCCACGAAGUUCUCUGCCAUCCAUGGGUAAGAGUAGAUGGAGUGGCGCCAAACAAGCCUCUUGAUUCAGCUGUCUUGACACGUUUGAAGCAGUUCUCUGCUAUGAACAAGCUCAAGAAAAUGGCUCUCAGAGUAAUUGCAGAAAAGCUGACUGAAGAAGAGAUCGCAGGAUUGAGAGAGAUGUUCAAAAUGAUCGACACAGAUAACAGUGGUUCCAUUACCUUUGAAGAACUUAAAGUUGCGCUCAAAAUGUUUGGUGCAAACCUUGAUGAGUCUGAAAUUUAUGACCUUAUGCAGGCGGCUGAUAUUGACAACAGUGGGACAAUCGAUUACGCAGAGUUCAUAGCUGCAACACUGCACCUAAACAAAGUGGAGAGGGAAGACCGUUUAUUUGCUGCCUUUGCAUACUUUGACAAGGAUGGGAGUGGCUACAUCACUAAGGAUGAGCUUCAGCAAGCAUGCAAUGAGUUCGGCAUGAAGGCUGUUUCUAUAGAAGAGAUGAUUCGAGAAGUAGAUCAGGAUAAUGAUGGUCGCAUAGAUUACAAUGAGUUCGUGGCAAUGAUGCAAAUGGGUAACCCUGAGAUUGGUAAGAAAGAUGUACAAGAUAUAAGUGUAGGGAUUUCAUUAAGGCAUUGCCAGUGAUAUCAAAAGUUCAAGCAUCAAAUUAUCACUACCCUCAUUGAAGAAUCGCACAAAGUGAAACUUUUGCUGAGUUUGGAUGUGCCUAGACUAUUGGAAGAAAGAAAAUUCUCAUCACGGUUCAAUCAACUUCAAAGAAUGUUUCACCAAGGUGUUUGAUGCAUGAAAAUUCAUGCUAAUUUUGUGGAAAGUUUUUCUCGCAGAGCUCUAUGGUCAUGGCUACCCCUACUAAAAAUUUAUUGAGCUAAACCUCCUAAACCCGACAAUGACUACAAAGAAAAAAGGAUGGUGACAAUGCAUAGUCUGGGUUGAUCCUUCCACCCCAGUUCAAUGUGACGUUGAAUACCAAUGUUGACCACCAUUCCAGAGGAAUGAACUACAAAUCAACGAUUUCAAGGACUCGAAAUAGUGAACCACUUGCCUACAUAUUCAAGAUCAUUAAAUGUUAAGUCUAACAAACCUAACCCAAGUAACUUGUUGCUUCGUAUUCAAUUUUGUAUAUUACCAAUGUAAAGCCCUCUAGUUUGGUCCCUGCUUUGUGAUUGUAGCCAGCUGGUUUCUUUGAGUUCUUUUUGUAUAGUUUUAGGGAGAUUUGAGAUUCACAAAUUGGGUUGUCUGUAGAGUGGCGUGUAAAUCUAUGUUGCUGUCUCAUUUAGAGUUAGCCUCCUUUGAAUUUUUUGGCUGGCUGCUCUAGUGGGUUGUUUUGGGUAAGGUUACUGAGAUAUGGUAUGUAAUUUUCUAACUUUUCUCUUGUUGUAUCUUGGACAAAAAUGUAAAAAGUAGAAUAAAUAAUUUUAGACACAAAUAAUAGUGCA